CAAAAUAUAUGAGCAACGUCACUAGUUUUCUCCUGAAUCUUAUGAGACCCGCCUCCCACGGUAGUUUCACUUCUCAGUUUAAUCCAGUCUGAGUUAACUUCCUGACCCAGGCCUCAGGAAGUGGCAGCUACGGAGGGGACUAGCCGCAAAUAUGUCGACAGCUUCACGACCUGUGGAAGUCAGUAGCAGCCAGCUCAUCAUCACAGAGCGGUGCAGCUGAGGUGUGUUUUCAUCACUAGAAAACUCUGGCUGCUUCAUCUCCAUCUCUAGAGCCAAUAUUGGAGCUUUUCAAGAAAAGCCAUGGCCUCAACCACCAGCACCAAGAGGAUGAUGGAGGAAGCCACCUGCUCCAUCUGCCUGAGCCUGAUGACGAACCCAGUAAGCAUCAACUGUGGACACAGCUACUGCCAAUUGUGUAUAAUGGACUUCUUUAAAAACCCAAGCCAAAAGCAACUGAGGCAGAAGAUGCUCUGGUGUCCCCAGUGUCGCGCUCCAUUUCACUUGGAUAGUGUCAGACCCAACAAGCAGCUGGGAAGCCUUAUUGAAGCUCUCAAAGAGAUGGAUCAUGAAAUGUCAUGUGAGGAACACGGAGAACAGCUCCACCUGUUCUGCGAAGAUGAAGGACUGCUCAUCUGCUGGCGCUGUGAGCGGGCACCACAGCACAAAGGUCACACCACAGCGCUUGUUGAAGAGGUAUGCCAGGGCUACAAGGAAAAGCUCCAGAAAGCUGUGACAAAUUUGAGGCAACUUGAAGACAGAUGUAUGGAGCAGAAGCUGUUCACAGCAAUACAAAUAACUAAAUGGAAAGAGAAGAUACAGAUUCAGAGACAAAAAAUCCAGUCUGACUUUAAGAGUCUGCAGCGUUUCCUACAUGAGGAAGAGAAGUGUUAUCUCUGGAGACUGGAGAAGGAAGAAGAACAGACUCUGAGUAGACUGAGGGACCAUGAGACCAGUCUGGGGCUCAAGAGCGAUGAACUCAACAGCCACAUCCUGGAACUGGAGGAAAAAUGUCAGGGCUCAGCCCAAAAAUUGCUGCAGAAUGUGAAUGACACUUUGAGCAGGAGUGGGGCUGUGAAGCUGGAAACAUCAGAACCCGUCUCCUUGGAGCUUCAUACUAUGUGCAAUGUUUCUGAGCUUUACUUUGAUGUGAAGAAAAUGUUAAGGAGUCAUCAAGUCAAUGUGACUCUGGAUCCAGAUACAGCUCAUCAUGAACUAAUUCUGUCUGAAGAUCGGAGACAAGUGACUCGAGGAUACCUCCAGCAGAAUCAGGACAUUUCUGCCCGGAGAUUUAGUGCCUUGCCCUGUGUCUUGGGUUGUGAAGGCUUCACCCUAGGAAGAUGCUACUUUGAAGUGGAUGUUGGAGAAGGAACCGGGUGGGAUUUAGGAGUUUGUAUGGAAAAUGUGCAGAGGGGCACUGGCAUGAAGCAAGAGCCUCAGUUUGGAUUCUGGACCCUCAGGCUGUGCAAAAAGAAUGGUUAUGUAGCACUUACCUCUCCGCCAACUUCCCUUCAUCUGCAUGAGCAGCCCCUGGUUGUGGGAGUUUUUUUGGACUGUGAGGCCGGAGUUGUAUCCUUUUACAAUGGGACUACUGGCUGCCACAUCUUCACCUUCCCAAAGGCUUCCUUCUCUGAUAUUCUCCGGCCCUAUUUCCAGGUUUACCAUUAUUCUCCUUUGUUUCUCCCUCCCCUAGAGGAUUAAGGAAAAAAGCAGAGGCUCUUUCAUUUAACUAGCCCAAAGAAAAUAAUAUAAAUCACAUAAGGGCAGAAAUUUGGUCUGUUUUCUUCACUGCCAUUUCCUUAGUACUCAGAAUAGUGCUGGGAUUUUAGUGGAUAUAUAAUUAAUUUAUGCUGAAUAAAUGGACUUAGAAACUAAAAAUAACACAGUUGGUUGACCUGCACUGGAGGAAAGCAAGGUAAUGGUAAUGAUCGUACAUUGCUCUGCCUGUCUUUAAUGGAUCAGGGCUUUGAUUUCCAAGGUCUUCACGUGAUGAGUGAGGGGACCCACAAGUCAGAAUGUCUGUAUUCUCCUAGUUUGUUUGCUACCAUUUGAACUCAGUGAUGAAAGAAAGCUGCAAUUGUCUGCCAGCUGCAUUAAAACAAAAAGGUGGAAAAUCAAAAUAGUAUUGACACUUGCAACCACUAACAGGUUGUUUAAUAAUCUGAGCAGCAGUUCUGGAGGCUACCAGACUUACAGAGAUCUGCUUGAGAAACAGCCAAGCAAAGUGUGAAAGAAGGGUUAAGACUAGCUUACAAUGAGAUGCUUCAAAUGAGCAGGGAAUUAUGAGUAAAAUCAAACUUUGGUAGGGUAUUCAAUUUGGGAAAAGAAGUUGGUAUUUUUCAGUCUGCUAGGACCAGUUACCUUGAAAUAUUUUUAAAUCUAAGUAAAUAGUUAUUUUUGAAAUGGUUGUUAGCAGUCCUAUGAUUCAGAGAAAAUCAAAUAGACUUAACUUCAUUUUGAAAAAGACCAAAUUACCGUACCUGAGUGGGUAAUGACAGGAUUACAACUAAAACAUAAACAACAUUAAUGAUGACCAUAAAAAGUCACAAAAUUGCUAAAUGUUAUAAUUUAGAGUUGAUAUAAAAAUUGAUGGCCGGGUGCAGUGGCUCAUGCCUGUAAUCUCAGCACUUCAGGAGGCUGAGGCAGGCAGAUCACUUGAGGUCAGGAGUUUGAAACCAGCCUGGCCAACAUAGUGAAAUCCCUGUCUCUACUAAAAAUACAGAAAUUUAACCGGUCAUGGUGGCAGGUGCCUGUAAUCCGAGCUACUUCGGAGACUGAGGCAGGAGAAUUGCUUGAGCCUGAGAGGUGGCAGUUGCAGUAAGCCAAAAUUAUGCUCUCUGGAAAAAAGAAAAAAAAAAUAUUGAUGUUUACUGAUGUUUGUUGAGGUCCUCUGACAUCAUCUCUGAGAAUAUGAGAAAUGAAGCAAGAGUCAUGUCUAGAUGUUAGAGGUAUGGUUGGGCCUCCACCUCUGCCUAAGGGAAAACAUAAAAGAGACCAGACUAUUGCUCAUGCUCCCCAAAGUUGGUAGUUCUAAUUAUGUUGAUAGAGGCUGGGUUGUAACUAGCAAGUGAAGGGUAGCAUUCAGAAUAUGCCACUUUUGGCAUAAGAAAUAUUUUGAGCUAAAGACAAUUAAGAAAAAAAUAGAUAAAAAAAGAAAAACUACCUCUGCCUUCUCCCUAUUUGCCUAAAAGCAAGAUAAAAAUUUAUCCUGGGAAGAACAAAAGUUAAUCAUCAGAGACUUUAGACUCCUAUCAGCCUAGAGAUAGCACCAGAGAAAUCUUAUUUAAAAAAAAAAAAAAAAAGUUGCCUUUCCACAAUUUACUGUGCUAGAAACUCAAAGUCCUUUUCCUUGUCACUUAAAAAAUGUAUUCUUUCAUUAAUGCUAUAUAAACCCAGUGUUGUGCAAUGCAUGUGUUAAUAAACUUCUCUUUGUUU